GGCAAUGACUACUUUCAGAGAUUUUGGCGCUGUCCUGGGAUACCGGCUUUUGUGUGAUGAUAAGAUCCGACGUUGGUGGUCUUCGCUGCUAGGAGUGGCAAGAGAUCCGGGAAAUCGGCGGUAAAAUCCUGAGUGUCGCCAUUGAUAUUUAUGCGAAGCGGAAGGCUCUGAGGUGGAGAUAUCACGACAAAAGAGCAAUAUGGUGACACGAAGACGCUUGCGCAUCGUUUCUUCUCUGGUAGAGAAGAUCUGAUGAUUGUCGGGGGAUUUCCCAGAGAGAGAUGACCAGCGUUGAGGAUAACGAGUAUCUUUUGGCAAAAGGUACCACCGGGAGCAUGAUUGUGUCCGCCACGGAUUUGUUUUGGUUAUUUUCCAAGCACGUCAAGCCAAUGCACAUCUCCGGGCUAACGUUGAAGUUGAAGCUCAGGCUUCGAGCCUUAUUCAGGAGGGCGAAACGUCGAAGCAAGCCUUGUCCUGUCUCCUUACUCACCUUGCCCAAAGAGCUAAUCCAGGAGGUCUCGUAUUUCGUGAGCUCUUUCAUCUCGCCACCAGCAUGCCACCUCAUUAAACUCCUUCAGCUGUCUGGACAUGACCAGAAGGCGCUCCGCUCGACAUGCCAUCAUGCAGAUAAUGUUCUCCGUAGUACCGUCCUCUCAGCCCUCGUUGUCAACAUCUUCCUCCCUUUAACCAAUCUCGACCAGGAUCUCCUCGAAUAUCUAGCUAGUGGACCUGCAGGCUACGUCCAUAGACUGAGAAUUUGUAUAUGGAGCUCGUAUUCCGAGCAACGUGCCCUGCCUGACUGCGGCGUGGUUGAAGGCGGCCAUUUCAAAGCCAAGCCCCGGUCGAGACAUCCACGUCUCCAGACGAAAGUCAACACAGAAGCGUUUCGCGCUCUUUAUAAUACGGUGUUGGCAUCGUUAACUAACUUGCAGAUAUUCACGUUGUGUACCAGCAAUGGAUCUCGUAAAGCCCCGCCAUUCUUCUUCGAAGACACGUUAAAUUGGUUGAUGAAGCGACCUAUCCUCGAACUGCACCUGACCCACCCCGAGUUCACGAUACCUUAUUUCUCCCAUCUCUCCCGGUUUCGCAAUAUCCGCAGCGGAUCAGUGGGACCGAAGCACCACAGGCCUAGUAGUCUCCGGUAUAGAGCGUGUUUUCCCUAUCAAAUCGACCGGAAGUACAGCGCUUCGUCAUCUCUCGUUGCGGGAAGGCAGUAUCAUCGCAGCCCCUCAUAUUUUCCAUCACCUACGCGGCCUCAAGUCACUCCAGAUAUCCAACAUCGAUCUCUACCAUUCCUCGGCAGGCUUCUGGAUGGAGCUCGCUCAACAGGAGAUACACAUACCCUCCAUUACCCUGAGGACCCGCAGUGUGCCUUCCGCAGUUAUUGACUAUCUUGUCACCAAUGAGGGAAUGAUCGAGUUGGCGUUUGAAGCGGAGAGCAAUAGUAGAAGCAUGGUGAAGCGAGUGUUGAGUGAGG